CAGUCACGGGGCGAUGACUCCCGGCUCGUCAGCGGCCGUCCGGGGCUGUGCUCACCGCCGGUCGGGCUCCUCUCGGCCCGAGGCUCGUCCCCGCCGUAAAGCUUAGUGCGAGAAGUUGGGUACGUGCUGCGGAACAAGUCUGAACUGGCCGUUGUGUUGACAGCCCUGGGAGCUCACGGUAGCGUGAGUUGUGCGAAGCGCGUCUAGUUCCUUCCUCUGAGCAUCUGCAGUGUUCCGUGGUGUCUCGUGCUCUUCCUUUUCCUGACGUGAAUGCAGGUGCAGGCAGUAGAUGUUGCUUUUGAAUGCACCUAAAGAACUCGGGGCACCUUGUAAGACUGUUGCCUUAAUUAGCAGGCAUGUGAAGGAGUCUUGUUUCCCAGGCUGCCCGUACCAGAAGCUAAUGGUUGGAUGUCAUUAUGUAACUCUGGAAAGCCAGGAGCAAACGGGACUUGAGAUGUGGAGCUUCUAGAGACCAAUGUCAUCCCUCUCUACAGGGGAGGAGCGAGGAGGAGACUUGCCAGACAAGAUCCAAAACCAGUGUGACCUUCACAUUUCUAAUAAGGUGAUUCUGAAACUCCAAGUAGAGGAUUCCUAGCCUGAGCUCUUGAGCUACUCAGUACAGGAGUUUGAAGAUGCAGCAGGCCUGGUAGUGGGGACAGAAGGAAUCUCCUUAAAAAAGUUGUGCAGUCCGAAAUAUUCGCCAUGUCUAUUACGGAUCAUAGCCCCACCACUGGAGUGGUGACUGUUAUUGUUAUUUUGAUUGCUAUUGCAGCUCUUGGUGCCUUGAUACUGGGCUGCUGGUGUUACCUGCGUCUGCAGAGGAUCAGCCAGUCUGAAGAUGAGGAAAGCAUUGUGGGAGAAGGAGAAACCAAAGAGCCCUUCCUUCUGGUGCAGUACUCUGCUAAAGGACCUUGCGUAGAGAGGAAAACUAAGCUAACUCCAAAUGGCACAGAAGUACAUAGCUAACUUGGAGCAACGUGUAUGAACUAUGCUUAUGAUGUGUGUAACUGGCAGAAGAAUCUCUCCUGUGAAGAACCUGGUCACAUGCAUGCUACUCAUCACAAAAUACCCUGAUGAGGAUUACAUCAGCUUUGUUAGCAACUGCAUGCACUGAGAAGUUGCACUUUGCAUCAACUGUGUAUCCCGAUUCCUCUGUGACAGGAGCUGACCCACCUGGCAUAAUGUCCAUUGCUGGCAAUGGACACAGGGAUAUAUUGGUGUAAAGAGACUACUAAUGUUUUGUUACUUUGUUACUUGAAUGUUUAGCUGAGCCUAUUUUGACGGAGCUACUACUGUAAUGUGAACUACUUUACAACUGUGAACUGUAAGUAAGCUGCCAGAAGCUUUUUGCUUUGUGUUCCACAGCAUAUGGAAAUACAUGAUGCAACUGUACAUAACACGGGGACUGCUGAACCACAACUGUAGCUGGGAUUCCAGACCUUCAAAACCAAAUCUGCAGUUAAAGCUUGCUUCUGCUAUUAAUUUGAGUGCACAGCUAUAAAGUCAGAACUCCUCUUAACAGUUUA